AUGUCAUCAGGCUCGACGCCGUCCUCAUCGACGCCGAGAACACCAUUGACAUCAACGUCAUCGACACCAUCGACAAGUGUACCAGUCAAACUGGAAAAUGUUCGAGCCGAUCGAUCAAUGCCACCGAAGAAGAUGUCGGUGCCGACGACGGUCUCCGAAUGGCAGUUGUUGGCCGUGUUGAGCCGCGCGAAUUUGGUACAAUACUACGACGCAUUCAUCUCGCAAGGUGGCGACGAUAUCAAUCAAAUAAUGCAAUGCGAGGAGCAAGAGUUUCUCGAGAUCAUGUCGAUUGUUGGCAUGCUUUCAAAACCGCUACAUGUCCGCAGAUUGCAGCGAGCACUCAAUGAAUUCUCGCGCGAUUCCACCGCAUUCCAUCUACAGGCGAUUCAGCAAAUCGGACCACCGCCAGGUGCCUACACACUACCCGUUUCCAGCGAUCCAGUGACAUUGCUUCUGCCAGGUACCAAAAGCCAUACAUACGAUAUUUACGAAGUUGCUUCUUGCAUUUAUAGGUGUGUUGAAUUCUCUGGCGUCGACGUCGACAGAUAUCGCGAGCACGUCGUCACCAUCCCAGCACACAUCGACGGGCACGGCGCCCAAUUCGGUAUCGUUGGGUUAGUCGAUUUGAACGGGAUAGCGCUCGAGCUCUCCGAAUCUCUGCACGAGUCUGUGGUCACUGAUGCAGCCGCUGCCGCCGCCAACAGCGCCAAUGUCGCAACACCCGCUGUCAUCGCGCCACAACCACCGCCACCAAUCAUCCAGCCAGCCACCAUCCCCACCAGCCACCGAGCCACCGCUAACGUUGUUCCCGGAACUCAACUUGGCCACCAUUUUGGCGCAACAUCACACCGUCACCAAUCAGCACCACAACUUUGCGUUCGAUCCACUUCUGCCGCCGCCGGCCAAGAAAAAGAGGGGUCGGCCUCUCCUUUUCUAGCGAAUUAUAAUGAUUUCGUCUCACUUGGCGAUUUCGAUCCAAAUAAUCCAUCUCCAACUGAAAAUCCAGUUUUAUCGCAAGCACAAAUUAAUCGCCUAGCGGAAUGUGCUCUUGCUGCAUCGAAAAAUCUGCCGGUUCUUCCUCCAAGGCUUGUGCAGAACAAGAAACGUGUGUCGAAAGAAGUGUUGGACUUGAUGCGAUCAAGCGCCGAUGCUCCGAAUCGUUUGACCAACUUCCGGAAGUUCUCGGCGAUCUAUGGGCGGUUCGACACAAAACGAAAACCGCACAAAGUUCUCACGCUUCAUGAGACGACUGUAAACGAGGCGGCCGCACAACUCUGCCUUUUGGUUCCCGCGCUUCUCACGCGUCGCGACGAACUCUUUCCGCUGGCACGGCAAGUCGUCAAAGACGCCGGCUAUCAUUAUGCGAAGAGCCGAAAACGACCGUGCGAUCCUGCCGAUUUGCAUUCGCCGAUAAGCAGUCCGAGCACGAGUCCGCCGCCGCCGCCCGGCCUAGCCGAACAAGGCUUCGAGUACGAGAACUAUCGAGCCGAACAAAGUGAGGAGGGGUCGUCGGGUGAUUCUCGAAUCAAACAAGAAGUCAGUGAUUCUCAAAACCCACAGCAGCGACCACCUUCGCAGCAAUCCCAACAAUAUAUGGAGCAAUGGGGGUCGAAUGAGCCUUCGUCAAAGCUUAGCUAA